CACACAUACACACACACACACUCUCUCUCUCUCUCUCUCUCUCUCUCUCUUCCCUCCCCCUCCUCUUCAACCGAGCACUCGGAAGUUACCAGCAGGGUCUUGAGUCGUGUUUGCAUGUUGUGCGCCCAUGCGAGGGAUGCGCGGCUCCUAUCCUCCACAAAUUUGUCAUUGACGACUCCGCCGUCAUGGCCCGGUGGGAACGAUGGGGGGGCCCUUGAUUCCCUCUCCUGCUUUCGUUUCUGAUCAACGUCUCCAGCAGACGAAUGCCCUUUGCAUGCCGAACUGGAUACCUCAGGAGUGCCGGCGUGAAAGAGGGGGGGGAGACCCUGGGGCCACUUAAACUAGCUGAAUCCGCUUGCCUAUGGGUCAAUAUUCCUCUCUUGGCCCCUCUCUUUCUAUCGUGCCUUGCCCGAAAGAGAGCAGAGGGAAGGUCCGUGUCCGAGGUGAGGGGGUCUCGAGAGAGACGGCCCACAAGCCUAGUGCACUACACCACUCCGUCCCGAGGACGUCUCGACCUUGGAGCUUGGGAGGAACGACACGUGAAAGCGGCAUCGUAAAGGGGCAAGCAAGUCGGGGACUUGGAACACAGAAACGGUGCCAUGGUUGGAGCAAAAAGGAGGGAGGAAGGGUUGCAGUGCAGGGAAGCAGCAAUGCAAUGCAAGGGGACGAACGGCUCCUUAGCGUCGGGAGACGGGGUACCAGAGAAGUAAUCCAAUGCCGCCGUAAUCUGCGAGCCGCCAUCGGCCCCAUCCUACCUGGAGGGAUCGGCGCACACGGAGGAGAGCACCGGCCUCCUGCCAGGCGCCUCUCCGGAGUUCCAAGUCGGCCAGCCCCGGUUGUGAUCCCAAUCGCCUGCCCACGUCCAAGAGCCGUACCGACACAAGCAUCUCCCAGGGUCGGGGAGAACAGGCGGGCUGUAAAUCAACAAUCUCCCGUUCGCUUAUCAACAAAUGACAUCAGACUGGGUGACAGAAGCCUCGCUGAGAAAGUGAGAAGGUGAGAAACAAUGAUUUGAAAUUGAAAGAAAAGGUUUCGAGGGAGAACGGACGAGGGAGAACGGACAAGGGAGGGAAGAAGAAGAAGAAGAAGAAGAAGAAGAAGAAGAAGAAGAAGAAGAAGAAGAAGAAGAAGAAGAAGAAGAAGACGAA